AUGCACCAGCCACUACAAGCUGCCUGCCUGUCACCUAAAGGAGAUGGAGGUGGAAAUGGAAAAGAAGAAAAAAAUGCUUCAGAAGUUGAGAGCAGCGAAUUCGAGAAUUAUUUCGAGACUCUUGAAGUAGACGACGACUAUUUCCCUGAUGAAGGUACGUACGUCCCAGAGCCAUCAUCCCUGAAACUCUUCAAGGUUGACAGACAGAAAAUAUUGAAGGAGGCGUUUGCAAUGGACAUGCGACUGGAGUUGGUGUAUUUCUUUGGGGAACUUGAAGAACUAGGGGAGCAAGUGUUUGAGAUGUACAAGCCAGUUAAAAAGCAACAGCGCACGAUGGUUGAGGCCACUAUGGUGACCUAG